AUGGCGGCGCUAGAAGCCAUAAGGCUAACCCUUGCUCGCCAAAUGGAGCGCCAAGCCAAUUACUUUCCUUCUCUUCCUCGACCCUCAUCCUAUCUGCCACCAUUCAGAUACCUUCGUACCCGCCGCCUCGUCUUUACCUCUGAGCUUCUCCCUCAUAGGUUUGGCGCGCAAAAGCGCCGGGCUAUUCUAAACAUUUUCCGGACAAAAGCACCGUACAUACCAGCGUGCAUCAACAUUGCUCCUGGUAUGCCUAGGAUGCAGUAUCACGUUUUUGAUGAGAAACCUCCAAUUGAUAAUGUGCCCUAUCAUGCACCACUUGGACCAAAUAGGCUGGGUUGGCCAAAGGAUAGCCUGCCUCUCGAGGUGUUCCAUAACAUCGCUGGUCAUCUUUCUCGCGAUGACCUGUUGCAGAUGCGCUUGGUAAACCCUGAAUUUGAGCGGAAGACAUCCAACAUUGUCUUUCAUACAGUGGUCGUGCCUUUUCGGCCAGAGAUCUAUGGCAUGAUGAUUCAUGAUGGUCCUGCUCUGGACACAAAAAUUGACACCAAGGGCAAAGGAAAGGCCACAGAAAUAUAUGGACCGGUUGAGCAAGAAAGGACUGUCCAUGACGGAAUGAAGGUAUUCCAAGCAUGGGGGCCCCACAUCAAGAAGUUUGCAAUGGCUUUCGAUGUGGAAGAGGACCAAUUGGUGAAGCCUCCAGUCAAAGGCAAAUUCGAAUUCUUCUCGGAAUUUUGGGGCAAGUACAAAUGGCCCCAUCCAUACUACAGUAGAUUCGACUUCUGCGCAGGCCUCGAAAAGAAAGCCGACGAAUUCCGAUGCAUGUCUGCGGCACUUUCCAACCUUCAGGGAGUCCGUGAGCUCGGUGUAUCCAUCGACAGUGGUCUCGGAUACCUUUGUGGACCAGACAUCUCUGAUCAUGCUCAGCUCUUCCAAGAGAAGCCUAAGAUCUUUGGUGUCUCAGAAACUCAGAAGAGCUUGAAACUUCUCGAGCGUCAAGGUUUAUGGAACGGCAUCGUACGCUCGCUCGGUCCCGCCACUGCUACAGACUAUGUCAUACAAGGGGACACCAUCCUGGCCAAUCAAACUUCGCUCAUGCCAAAUGAAUUGGGAUACUUCGAAGUCCACCUCCACUUCCCGCCAAACCCUCGUUCGGACUCCUGGCUUGUGGGCUCUCCGAGACUUAGAGGCCCUCGCGUCGUGUUCGUCGAUGCAAAUGGAGACAGGCCUACGGAUCGACCUCUCGUCUUUCAAGGUAUCAACCUCGCCUACACUCCUCAUACUGGUGGAGCGACGGAGGCCCUCACAAUCGGAGAUGUGAACAUUCAUGACCCUGCUUCAUUCCAGGGGCGGGAAAAGAGCCCCUUUCAUACUGCUGCUUUGAUUCCCAACAACCUCACGCCUGCACAGAAGGAAUGGCUCUUAGAGACCGAAUGGGCUCAACGUGCGUUCCUUUCAAGCUACUGCAUGGCCUUGACGGACAAUUCGCAUACAUUUCAACAUGUGCAGUCUUUCACUGUGGCCAAAUUGUCUAGCAGAUACCUGUCAGCUCUUCAACGCGAAGACUUUUGGAAAGCUCUUCCGAACCUAAACACCCUGACCAUCAACGUCUCCGCCGACUGGCGCAACAUUAUCAAAUCAGACUCUGGUGUUGUUGAAGCUCCAGAUAUUCGCCCCUCUGGCGCUACAACGCAAUUCCACAAGCUUCUUGCGACAUGUAUUGCUGUUGUUCCAGGGAUCAAAACCUUGAGCCUAGGCUACUUUGGUGGUGGGGAGCAUCAAGUUGGAAUCUUCGGGCGUAAUAAGCAUAUCUUUCCUGCGCCUCUGACCAAUUUCUCCGAUCACCAUGCUGCUACGAGCGUCAAUGCUGACAUGCUUGCGCUACCACAUGUCGAGCACCUAACUCUCACCAAUUGUUGGAUUACUCCACCUGCACUCAAGACCUUCGUCGCGCAGAUGCGUGCAGCCAGUCUGCGUACCCUCACAUUAGAUUCAGUAUCGCUCACAGGUCACUCGGGGGUCCUGGACAACAUGGAGCCUAAUCCGCUUGAUAAUGGGGUGCUACGUAUUCCCGAUGGACCUCCACGACGAUUCGGCGAUCCUGCUGUGGGAAAUCUAUUCCAGCAAAGAGGCAGUGCCCCAGAUCCACGAUCUGACGGGACUGGAUGGAUGGUCGAAUCACGUCGCAUCGGCUCCUGGGGCAAUGUCAUCGACGCAAUCACUCCAGGGCCUACCGUCAACCUCUUGCGCUACGCCUAUCAACACCUCCACGACGUGCCUAAAAUGCGUAACCCAGGUCCACUUGAGCGUAUUAACUUCGUCUCAUGCGGCUAUGUCAAGCUUGUCAAUAUGAAGGACUUCAACCAAGCCUUCCUCGGCGAGGUCAACAACAAUCCUCCCCAUUGCCUUCGCAAGCGUGCUCUCGAUUUGAUGCCUAUUAUGAUGCAUCGCAAUGAUGACCCUCUUCUGGGACAAAUCAUCCCACUGUUGCACGACCACGAGCUGGAGGUUUUUCAGACUGCCUUCCCCAUGGAGACCAAUUGGAAGGAUGUGACUGAAUGGGACAACUGUCAGGACGGGCAACCCAUCGGCGGAUCCGGUCGCUUCAGUGGCCAUGUGAAAAAAUUGAUUUUCCCUACCGAGUGUUGA